AUGACCUUUCCUCAAAUAUGGCUGUGUGGUAUUGUUCUCGUGGCUGGGGUAUUUCCCACCAUUUCUAUGGGACAAGAAUGUGUGUCAGAAUCCGGAUACUUUAAUCUAAGUAGUCAAUGGGCGCUGGACGACAUCUCACAAAGGUGUACGACGCUUGUUGGCCGGCUCAUGAUUGCCACCAACUAUACAGGGCCAUUCAUCCUUCCCAAUAUCAAAAACAUCACAAGCGAUGUAUUCCUGGACUGGUGGGAUUUCAAACCCACGCCUCGGCCAACAUCCAUCGAGCUUCCCGAUUUGGAAUCCCUAGGAGGAAACAUGGCAUUUCAAAGCCUGACAACUUUGACUAACUUGUCCAUGCCAAAACUCACUAGCCUACAAUAUUUGCGCAUGGCGUAUCCCACCGCUAUGGACUUUAGGUCAUUAACUGAAGCGGGGGGGAUAUCACUUGCGGGGAACUUUUCCAGUAUCACAUUCAAGUCGCUGGAAAGAGUCAAAGACCAUCUUUCUAUCUGUGGUACCCCGUACUGCAAUGAAAGUCUGCCUCUAACAACUGAGCUGGACUUAUCCUUCCCAUCUCUCAGGGAAGUGGGCGGGCUGAGUGUGAGAGGCAAAGUUUCAAGGCUGUUCGUACCUGAACUUGCCAGCGUUGGAGGACCUCAUCGGGUUUCCACCAGCCAAGGAAUGACUAUUAGCGCCUCUGGCGGACUCCCGUUAAACCUCAGCUUUCCCCAGUUGAGUAUUGUAGGUGGCUGGCUCAGAUUGAAUGGCGAUAUCGCGAGUCUUGAAAUGCCCUCCGUGCGCAACAUGAGCGCAGAUCUCAGGGUUAAUACCGCCCCAGAGCUCAACGUUACCUUCCCCUUUGUUACAGCACAGGAUAUGCUUAUAGCUGGAAAUAUUUCGAGUGCUCGGUUUCCAAACCUCCGAAAUGCCACAAAGGUUGCUAUUCUCUCUGAUCUUGCCAUAGACUGCGGUCCGAUCGAGGAGGAGUUGAGGAGAAAUUUGAACGUGACAGAAGACAGCCGCAUUGUAUCCUGCCGGUCAACCUAUGAGCCAUCCUCGGGGCUGAAGGCCGGGGUGAAAGUCGCUAUUGGAGUAGUUGUUGGCGCGCUGGCUGGAGCCGUGCUCGGUGGGCUGUACGUUUUCAGACGGAGGAGACGGGCAAAGCAACUGAAGUCGACUUCCUCGGUCGAGCUGCAUGAAGCGAUCCCGUCAGCUAGCCGGAACGUAAAUGGAGAUGGAGAGGCCCUUCCUCCGUACUCCGCAAGACCCUUGUCACGUUGA